CAGUUACGCGUCGUUGCCUCUUCCUGCCAUCAUGAGACCUGCUAGCGUCUUGACUCUGCUUCUCGGUUUCCUGGCAACAGCCACCUCGUUUACUCUUCCCGGCUUUACGCCAUUACAGUAUAGCAAGCCCUUUCCUUCAUGCUUGACUGACAGACAGACGGUGAGGCCAGAUAGACCAGCAUUGUCCGCCUUGAGCAUGGUGUUCCGAAGAAAGCCAGCAGGAAGAGGACAAGGCUAUGCUGAUGACAAACGAUCGGGUCGUUUGGGCAAGAUUGUUCUUACCGAGCUCGUUCAGAUCCUGCGCAACCCUUUCUGCAUCAAGGUGGCAGGAGGUGAUGUUGACCUUGACAUCGUGUCCAUGGUCUCGGUGGUGGAAGUUGAGAUGAUGGGCGACAACACGAUAGCAAAGGUGUUGGUGUCUACGAUGGGAACGGAUGCGGAGAAGAGGCAGGCGGUUAAGUGGCUGAAUCAGAACAGCAAGGCGUUGAGGUUCUCACUCGCUCAGAGGAUGAAGCACCACAAGAAAGUUCCCGAGCUCCGCUUCACUGCUGCAGCUCUCCCUGAGGCGAUGUCGGUGAUGUCGUUGCUCGAUCAGAUCCGCGAGGAGCGCGAGGCGAAGGAGGCGAUGAGCAACCAGAUGACUGCAGAGGAUGAGGCAGUGAUGGAGGUCUCAAAGGGGAUGGAACGAGAGCUGCAGGGCAUGGAGUCCGAGGAUGACAAGGCGCUGUUCGCUGGUAGCCACUCUGUGUCGAACUGAAGGCAAGCCCUAAUUUGUAGCUUAAAUCUUGUAGAUAUGAGUAAAUUGAGUGGAAUG